CCGUUGCAGAAACGACAGAGGACUGUGGAGGAUUUCAACCAGUUCUGCACCUUCGUUUUGGCCUAUCAGGCUACAUUCCCUACCCUGAAGAGCCUGCUCGUGAGCUGCCCUGCCUUCCCCACCAGCCUCUACAAUGUCCGGCCCCAGCAAACCAAACGGAAGAAACCACCAGCAAAAAAACUGAUUUUGGAGCAGGAGGUGGAGAAGAGGGUGCCGCUGAGCGCUGGGAAGGGCUUUGGGGCAGAGCAGGACGGGGUGAAGGAGCUGGCUGUGCUGGAGGGACAGGUGCCUCCUGUGAAAGAGGAGCUCUUGGAGCCUUCCCUCAACCCGGCUGGGGACCCCCAGCCCAACUCCCUCCUGGAGGAGCUGAUGAAGGAGGAGAAGGACUGGAUCCCUGGAGUGCAGGAAACCGAGAAGCCCGGAGAUGAUCCUCAGCUAAAGGAGCAUGACCCCUGCUCUGGAGGGAGGAAAAGCCCCAGUUCUUGUAGUACCUUGGACCAAAGCGAAGGGGAAGAUGCAAGCAGAGGAAGCUCCCAGCUUAGUGCAGUCGAAUUCACAGCAGCUCCCAACACCAAAGCAGAAGAUGACGAUGCCUGGGAUCUGAUCACCUGCUUCUGCCUGAAGCCCUUUGCAGGGAGGCCCAUGAUCGAAUGUAACGAAUGCGCUACCUGGAUCCACCUCUCUUGUGCCAAGAUCCGCAAAUCCAACGUGCCUGAGGUUUUCAUCUGCCAGCGAUGCCGCGAUGCCAAGCAGGAGAUUCGCCGCUCUAACCGAGCUCGGACGGUGCCCCGCAAGCGCUUCUGUGACUGA